GUUCCAUUUCUUAUGUCCAGAUUCGACUGUAAAGGGACAGAAGCCUCACUCUUUGAUUGCAAAUUUGAUGACAUAGACACAGAUUGCAGUUAUUCACAUGCUUUUGCAGUGUCUUGCAAGAAGGAGCCUAUCAAAUAUAGACUAGUAGGUGGUCAGAGGGAGUCUCAUGGUCGGCUAGAAGUUUAUGGAUUUGGCUAUUGGAGUCCUGUUUGUCGUUAUGAAUUUCUUGCAGAAGAAGCGGCAGUAGUUUGUAAAAGUCUUGGUUACAAGUCUAACAUUACAAAGCCAACCGAACUACCAAGUCACCGUUUUUUUGGAACAAGCUCACAGCGCAUCCGGCUUACAGGAGUGAAUUGCAAAGGUGAUGAAAGAUCACUUGCCCUGUGCCAGGGAUUCAUAUUAGGACAUCUUCCAUAUAAGAUUGAUGAUGAUAUUGAGAGUGAAUGCAAGGAUAGGGAUCAAAUUGGGAUAGAUUGUGAGCCUGAACCUAUAAAAGCAAGAUUAGUUGAUGGUCCAAAUAACAGAUCAGGCAGGGUGGAACUUUACUAUGCGGGAAAAUGGGGCACAGUAUGCGGACGUUAUUUUGAUGAAAUAGAUGCUAAGAUUGUGUGCAAUACAUUAGGAUUUGUAAAGAAUGCGAGAAUUAUAAGACAUACCCAUUCUGAAUUUGGGAAAGGACCUUUGGAAGUGAUAAUGCAAUUUGCAGCUAGAUGCUCAGAAAGGAGUUUAAAUUUUGAAAGUUGUAAGUCUAUCUUCUGGGAGAGUAACGCCUGGUGUUCUAGAAGUUAUGAUCAAGUAGCUGGAGUGACGUGUGGAACAAAUAAAGAUUGUAUCUAUGGGGGUGUCCUCUAUUCACAUCGUCAACAGAUGCCAUCUAUUGAUAAAUGCCAGAAAUGUAAAUGCAAACGUGGACAAAAAGUAUGUGAGACUAAAAUGACAAAGAAAUGUAUGUAACUAAUAUAAGAACUGAAGAAUUUUUCAAAAUAAAUCUGUUG